AUGCUCAUGCAAUUUCUCUCGCUCUCUUCUCCAAUGAAGGGCACAAUCAUCCAUGUGACUGGGAAUCCAGCCACCGGGUUUACCUUCAGUUCACGCGCAACUACAGUUUGGCCACGGAAUUACGCCGCUACCAAAUCAUCCCUUGCGGAUACUGAUAAUCAAUAUAUAAGGGGUACUCCCGGCGGAAAAGAAACAGAGGAUACGACAGCUCGUGAUCGUCUGGAAUCAGCUACGUCCCAAUCCCUUUGGUCCAUCAAUAUGGCAUUUAAGACUCAUAGACUAAUAUCUCUCCUAAUUGACUUGCUAUGCACCAAACUGCCAAGAUUGGAUGAAGAAUUACCUCCAACACCCUUUACGGAGUAA